AUGGAGAAGUUUGGUCUCAGAUGGAUGAACGAGUGCCAAGCAGUUUAUGCCAAUAAAUGGAUCAGCCACACAAUUGCUUGCAAUGUUAAAGUUCUUAAUCUGAAGGUUCGUUUUCCAGCUAAAGCUAGAGAUUUUGGUGAUUCUCUGGUUCAUCUACCUGGUACUCUUUUCACCUGUGAGAAACUGGAAUUUCUCAGAUUUUAUGACAAUGAAUCCUUUCCCGAGACCGAGGAGCUAAAGAUACAUGCCCCUGCUCUUGAAGACCUUCGUUUGACUGACAAUGUUUCGCGGAAAUUCUCAUUGGAAGGGCUAACCUCUUUGAGGGAUGUGUCACUUGAUCUAUGUCAUACGAAACGUUAUGAACAAGCCAACUAUGGAAAUAUUGUUGUUAAGCAGGUUCAAGCUAUGGACUGUGUGAAGGUGCUGACACUAUCUUAUCGCACAACAGUGGCUCUUAACUCGGCCACGACCAAAUUGGCAGGAGGGUUUGAGAACUUAACCAAAUUGUACAUACAAAUUUACUGCUGUCGGUGGAGCGUUCUGAAAGAUUUGCUGGGCUGUUUCAUGAAAUUAGAACUCCUUGAUAUCAAAAAAAUUUUAUGUGCAAAUUCAGAGCACAGAGCAUGUUGGAGCGAACCCACAAACGUUCCCAAAUGCAUGGUACACAGUCUGGUACAUGUUUCAUUACAUGGAUUUGAAGGUUUUAAUGAUGAGGUCGAACUUACAAGGUACGUUCUAAAGCAUGGUUUAGCAAUGAAAAGAAUUAAUAUAUGCUGCUUUUCUCAUCGCUGUGACUUAAAGAAAAAGUUCCGCAUACUUCAGAAGAUAGCUAUGUUCCCUAGAGUUUCUCCUCCUGUGAAAUCAACUUUUCUUGAGAUGAAUUUAAUGGCAUGGCUCAUUCAUUUACUGGAUGCGCUUCGAUGCAACUUUGAGGACUCCCAACCCUUUGGAUUUAGUCUUAGCAAAACAGGGUAA